GUUGGCUACCCUGUCUUUUAACUUUUUUUCUGUGCUGGGGAUUGUUGUUUCAUCUCUUUGUUCCUAUUGUUCACAUCGUUCGCAUUGAUACCUUUUCUAUUGUCCCAUUGUUCCGAGUGGCCGUCUCUAGGCUUGAGGUUGCGCCGGUCGCUCCCCCAGACCUCCUUUUAUACGCUCUCACUCCCAACCUUGCUCGCCACUGCAGUGCUUAAGAUAUCUUGUUUCUUUUUUUCCCUCCAAUUCACUCCUUAACUCCUCCGAGGCUACAUCUCCAAAGCACAAUCUUGUCUCUCCCUGACCAUCGUUCCUUGUCGAUACUGAAACGCAAAGUAUCAAGAAAGAGUCAAAUACCCGCCACUCAAGCGCAAAAUGUUGUUCCCGGAAACGGUAUUCCGAGUUGGCACUGCGGCUCUUGCGGCCGGCGUUGUGGCCGAAGCCGCCUCGGACUAUGCCCUUGUCGAUGUAUUCGACAAGAGCAACUUCUUCAAGGAGUUCGAGUUCUUCGACGAAUCUGAUCCCACCAACGGCUUCGUCAAGUAUGUGGAUGCUCGGACAGCCAACGAUGACAGCCUUGCCGGCUACUACCAGGACUCCGUAUAUCUCGGAGUCGACCACACCAAGGCGACGACUACCGGACGCGAGUCCGUCCGCGUCGAGUCCAAAAAGUCAUACACCCAGGGCCUCUUCGUCGCCGAUAUCAGCCACAUGCCUGCUGGCGUUUCUGACGCCGGCUCCUGCGGACUCUGGCCCGCUUUUUGGAUGUUCGGGCCCGACUGGCCGAAUUCGGGCGAGAUUGAUAUUCUUGAAGGCGUGAACACGCAGUCAUCUAAUGCCAUCACGCUGCACACAGCCCCAGGCUGCCACAUGACCAACACUGGUUCCUUGGCCACCACAAAACUCCUCAGGACCGACUGCAACGGGCAGGAAGGCUGCAGUCAAAACACACAAGCCACCAACAACUAUGGUGCCGGCUUCAACGCCGCUGGUGGCGGUGUGUAUGUCGUCGAGUGGACUAGCACUGCAAUCAGUCUGUGGUUCUUUGGCCGCAACAGCUCCAUCGCCUCGGAACUCGCCAACAACAACAGCCAGGAGGCACCCGAUACCUCCGAGUUUGGCCAGCCGCUGGCCGUCUUCGUGGGCGGCGCUUCCGGCUCCGGCUGCGACAUCGACUCGCACUUCCAAAACCACAGCCUCGUCUUCGACACCACCUUUUGCGGCGACUGGGCCGGCAAAGUCUGGGCCCAGGACGACACGUGCUCGGCCCUUGCCCCCAGCUGCAGCGCCUACGUCGGCUCCAGCCCCAGCGCCUUCGCCAAUGCUUACUGGCUUGUCAAGUCGAUUAAGGUUUACCAGAAGCCCGCAGGCGCUAACGAGAAACGGUCCGAUACACGCCUCCCGCUGCCCUUCAUCGCCUAGAUGGCCCAGAGCCUUGGGUCUGGGCGGGACUUCCAUCUUGUUUACAGCUUUCCCCUUCUUCUUUUCGAUAUAGACUUAUAAACACCUUUUUUUCUUUUUGGGUAGGACUAGUAGGGCGAUUUGUUUACUUUCC